AAAUCCAUCGGCAAAUACUUAUCACUCACGGCGAGUAACAACAGAGAACCGGGGAAAAAUGGCGUGUUUCGCAACCAAACAGCCUCUGUUGUUGUCUCUCCUCCUCGCCAUUGGCUUGUUUGUGGUGGCUGCAUCCGCCGGAAACUUCUACGAGAGCUUUGAUAUCACUUGGGGCAAUGGUCGUGCUAAUAUAUUCGAGAGUGGACAGCUUCUCACUUGUACUCUUGACAAGAUCUCCGGCUCGGGUUUUCAAUCCAAGAAGGAGUACCUGUUUGGUAAGAUCGACAUGAGGCUCAAGCUUGUCAAGGGAAACUCCGCUGGUACUGUCGCCGCAUACUACCUUUCAUCGAAAGGAGCGACAUGGGAUGAGAUUGACUUCGAGUUUUUGGGAAAUCUCACAGGACAGCCUUACACCAUCCACACCAAUGUUUUCACUGGAGGUAAAGGCGACCGCGAGAUGCAGUUUCAUCUCUGGUUCGAUCCCACCGCGGAUUUCCACACCUAUACCGUCCACUGGAACCCUCUUAACAUCAUCUUCCUUGUGGAUGGGAUCCCAAUUCGGGUAUUUAAGAACUACGAGAAAUAUGGGGUGGCUUACCCUAAGGGCCAACCGAUGCAGAUAUACUCAAGCCUUUGGGAAGCGGAUGACUGGGCUACACAAGGCGGUCGUGUGAAGAUCGACUGGAGCAACGCACCAUUCAGUGCCUCCUACAGAGACUUCAACGACCAAAGCUCAUGCAGCAGGACAUCGAACCUAACAUGGGUGACUUGCGACCCAAACAACAACUCAUGGAUGUGGACCUCUCUCAGUGACCGCCAGUACGGUCAGAUGAAGUGGGUUCAAGACGAUUACAUGAUCUACAACUAUUGUACUGAUUAUAAGAGGUUCCCUCAGGGUCUCCCCAAGGAGUGUUUGGAUUCUCAGACCAAAGAGAUUGCUUAUAUCCACAAGAAAGUCAGUUUCAGAUAUUUGUUAGCUCUCGAGGCUGAGUUAUACAUAAAUGUUGUGGUUGCUGCGUAUAAUUUGGUUCAGUUAGGGCUUGGUUGGUACAAUGUUGAACAAAAGACCUCCAAUCCCAAAUGGUUCUCUUACCUCUUGGAUCAGACGGCGGCGUACGUGGUUUUCGCGGGGACAUCAGCCGCGGCGCAACACUCAUUGCUAGUGGUGACCGGUUCACGGGAGCUUCAGUGGAUGAAGUGGUGUUACAAGUUCACAAAGUUCUGUUUUCAGAUGGGAAGUGCCAUCAUCUUAAACUACAUUGCGGUGGCUCUCAUGGUCCUCCUCUCUUCCAUUUCCGCCUUCAACCUCUUCCGCCUCUAUUCCCCUAAACGUUUCUUUCGCUUUAAGUCCUCCUCCUAAUUAAAUACUGUGUUCAUUAAUCAUUUUCUUAAUCCGAAAUAAUGUUGAUCAAUGUGAAGAAAAAAGCUGAAAAGUUAAUUUGUGUGAUCUUUCACUAUGAACAAUAAAUAUCAUCAGUCUAU